AUGAGCAGUCUGUUUUUAUUCACUUCUUCUGCUAAUUUAUUAAUCUUUAAAAAUUAAAUAAAUACAUAAAUAAUCACUUGGUUUGACACAUUUUAAGAUGAUCCUGCUCUGAAGAAACAGCUCAGAUCAGCUCAGCUGUCGAAGGACACAGAUGGAAAUGAAAAGCUGAUGUGGGAGAUAAAAACCUCCUUCGGUUCAUGACAUGAUCAGAACAUCAGAACAGCUGCAGCCCGGUGCUGCUGGUUCUGGUUGUCAGGUGGAGCAGCAGCUGAGACCGGAGCUCACCGUCUGAGUUACUCUUCUCCUGUGCAGCUGCAGAACUGCUCUGUGGACACUUCACCUGACUUUAUAUCCUCAUGUUGUUUAAGUUCGGUUCCUUCAGGUGCAGUACCUCAGCAGAUGUUUUUCCACGGGUCAAAUAUCCCACUGAAACCCGCUAAGACUGGGCCGGGUCAGUGGACUCUGCAGCUGGCAGGUUCUCUUCACCUGUGCUGGUGUGAUGACGUGUUAUCAACAUCUGGUGGUGUGUAGAUGAAACUGGAAACUGUAAUUUUACACCAUCAGCUGUUUUAGUUCAGUAGAGGAAAGAUCCGGAUUCUUCCUCCAGUUCUGGUUCCUCUCUGGGGGGCUUCUCUCUCUGCACCCUCUCUUAAAACCUGGAUCCGACCCUGCAGACCUGAUCCCACUGGGACGAACCUCUCUGACGAUACAUGUUGAACAGAAGCCUCGGAAUCAAGAAGAAGAAGAGGAAGAAGAAGAAGAAGAAGAAGAAGAAGAAGAAGAAGAAGAAGAAGAAGAAGAAGAAGAAGCUCCUCCAGCGCAGAUCUCACUGCGCAGCUUCUCCCCACCGCCAACUGCACACACACACACACACACACACAUCAACGCACACGCACGCAUGCACGCGCAGCUCUGUGUGCAGAGCGGUGAGCACCGGCAGCACCACACACACACACACACACACACACACACACACACACACACACACUCACUCCAGCACCGUCUGUGGCCGCAGACACAACACCGACCGGCGGGCAGGUGAGUGCAGCUCCUCGUUUCUUCCGUCGGCUGGAUUUUACAGAUGUUUUGUUUUUCUCUGAGAGGCGACAGAUGUGACAGCGCACACACACCGAACACACACCGAACACACACCGAGAACACACCGAGCACACACCGAACACACACCGAGCACACACCCGGCGGAGGGCGGCGGACAGGCGGCGUGUUGACGCCGCACUGAGGUAACUUGUGACGGGCUGCGUGCGGCUGCAGCUCCGCUUCACUGGGACCUGAUGGAGGCGGAGAGCUGCAGGGAAACUCUGGUGCCGAGCGGAUCCAGCGGGAUGCCGACAGUGAAGGAAAAAGAGGACAACAUCUAUAUUUGACUCAGUCGUCUCCUCAUCUGCAUCCCACCAACAAACAGUCCUGAGCUCUGCAGCAGCUCCUCCCUCGUCUGUCAGCUCUGCUCUGAUCUCGCUCCGUUUUUGGGGAAGAGAAGUUCAAUACCAGCCGCAGGGUUCUGGUCCUGUCGAGCCCCCCGACCCCUGACGCACUGUCCCCCCCUCGGCUCACCUCACCCCUCCCUCCCCUCUCCUCACCCCGCCAUGUCCAACGACAGCAGCCUGCUCAGCGUCUGGGAGGCCUCCGACUGGGCAGAAACCUCUCAGUGCCCGCCCUCGGUGGGAGGAGCUACUUUCUUGAUCGUAGCGUACAGCGCCGUCAUAGCGAUCGGGUUGCUAGGCAACGCGGGCCUGGUGUUCAUCAUCGCCCGGCAACAGGAGUUACGUAACGUCACCAACAUCCUGAUCGCCAACCUGUCGUGCUCUGACAUCCUCAUGUGUGUGGUGUGUCUCCCCGUCACCGUCAUCUACACUCUGAUGGACCGCUGGGUUCUGGGAGAGGCCCUGUGUAAGGUGACGCCCUUCGUUCAGUGCAUGUCAGUGACGGUUUCCGUCUUCUCGCUGGUUCUGAUCGCUCUGGAGCGGCACCAGCUGAUCCUCCAUCCCACCGGCUGGUCCCCCGCUGCAGGACACUCCUACCUGGCUGUGGGGCUCACCUGGCUGGUCGCUUGCUUCAUCUCUCUGCCCUUCCUCUCCUUCAACAUCCUCACCAAUGACCCCUUCCAGAACAUCAGCAUGCCCGCCAACCCCUUCAGGGAUCACCUGAUCUGUAUGGAGCUGUGGCCGUCAGAUAAGCACCGCCUGGCCUACACCACCUCGCUGCUGCUCUUCCAGUACUGCCUGCCUCUGCUGCUGGUGCUGCUCUGCUACCUCAGGAUCUUCCUCCGCCUCAAACGACGCAGGGACAUGCUGGAGCGCAGCCGGAGGACUCGCGGAGCCCAGAGGAUCAACGUGAUGCUGUUAGCCAUCGUCGUAGCCUUCGCUCUGUGCUGGCUGCCGCUGAAUGUCUUCAACACGCUGUUCGACUGGCACCACCAGGCCCUGCCCGACUGCCAGCACGACGCCAUCUUCUCCGCCUGCCACCUCACGGCGAUGGCCUCCACCUGCAUCAACCCCGUGGUGUACGGCUUCCUCAACAGCAACUUCCAGAGGGAGCUGAAGGCGACGCUGCAGCGCUGCCAGUGCGGCAGCCGGGCGGCCGAGAGCUACGAGAGCUUCCCGCUGUCCACGGUGGGCAGCGAGGGCAUGACCAAAGCCACCUCCCUCAACAGGAUGGGGUCAGUGUGCGUUCCCUCGCCCAGACCCGAGUUCGGCUCGGCCAUACCAGCGAAAACAAUACCAGCUCACAGCUAACUGUCAGGUGACAGGUGAGCAGCGGCCGAGUGUCUCUGAGCGAGUCAAACGCUCCUCCAGCUUCACUUCACCUCCAUCUCUCUCCUGUCGGAGUGAAGCAGCUUGUUUCCACUCGAGCGGAGCGCUGAGGGGCAGGAGAGGGUGGAACUCUUGUAAAUGGACUCAAGAAGAGCUGGUAGAGCGAAAAAAUAUGUUCUUUAUACGUAAAUCACCUGUACAUAUGUUAGCAUAGCUGGUUAGCUAGUAACACUGGUUCACCACAGGAGCCCCAGACGGUGGAGCCAAUUUUUUGUAGAGCUGCAAGAUUAAAUGAAUUUAUCUCUGUUCAAGUUAACCGGGUGCUGAACCAGAAGUUAUCCGGCUCGGUUCACGCUCUGUGGGCCGAACAACACUGAAGUUCUGUGUCUUUUUAUCGCCCGUUUUAGCUUCAUGAGCAGCUUUCUGGGGCUCCGUCUCAACACUGUCCAUGUUUGAAUGUAACGUCCUCAUUUUACCACAGUGGAUGGCAAGCUAGCUAGCCAAAUAUGCUAAGAUUAGCAGCCCAGGCUUCUUUAAAGCAGACGAACACAGUAACUCCGUACGGUUCUGCUCGUGUGUUCUUGUGUUUUGGGACGGAGAGGCUCUCUCCUCCUGGUCCUGCUGCUCAGCUGGGUUUGGACAGUCGCUGGCGGGUCUGCAGGUCCAACACGAAGGAAGAACUUCUCCACAGCUCGCCCACGAACACGUGUUUUAUAUGUAACUUUGCGAAGUGUAAAUGAUAUUACUCAGAUAGUGAACACUGUCGAUUAGCAUGCCUUACGUGACGGAGAUUCUCAGCGCUCGACUCAACACAGCGGAGGUGAAUGAGGCUGCGUGUUAUCGGUGUAUUAUACAACUUCUUCACCAUGAACGUCUUCAUCACACGCCGCUGAACACGAGACGGACGAGCUGUGAAGAGCAUCUAGAAACUUGAAUGGAUUUCCUCCCGUUUUCAGUGGCAGAGUCAUGUCGUCACUGCCGCUCAGCCUUACGUCUCCGAUCAGAUGACGAGAAUGUUCCCAAUACUGAACACUCAGCAGGUUCUGUAGCAGAAAUCUGACGCCGUGAAGCGAGACGUCAGAGGCCGGCAGGUUCUUCUGUGCAGGCGUUGGUUCGUGUCCCUGCGUCUCCUCUCAGCUCCGUGACGACGCUCGAGAAACAACCAAUACAUCCAUCUUUGUGUUUUCUGUUUGUAUAAGUUUGAAUUGAAGCUUUUCCAUCGUGAGCAUUUAAAAUGUAAAAUGUUAUUUACAAUUUUAUGGUGAUCGACAAUAUAAAAUAAAAUCUAGUUUACAGUUUAAAGGUGCAAUAUGUAAGAACUGAAAACAGACAGAGGGCAGUUUGUCCUGCAUGUUAUAUAACUGCUAACUGUAGCUAACUGUGGCUGCUUUGAACUAGUUAGCUCAGUUAGCCGUGCAGCUAGCAGUGGGACUGGGAGUUUGGGGGGCUAGGCUGGGGCUAGCUGGUUAGCAUGAUAGCUUCAUGAUAUCUUCAGUAGUAGUUGUGUAACUUCUUCACAUUCUGUUGAUUCUUUUAGAACAUUUUAUUACAGUUCCUACACAUUGCUCCUUUAAGUUGUCCUUUUUUAUAUCCAAUUAUGCCUUUUUAUUCUUAGAGGUGGAGUAGAAUAAGGACUGAUUUGCAUUAUUUAUGUAUUUAUUGUGGUAAAAUGAUCUUCCAGACGCUGGGAGGAAGACUUGGGACAGUAUCAGGGGUGUUUCUGUGACUGUCGGUGAAUUUUGAGCAUUUUCCUCUUUGCUGGAUUCUCUGUGACGUCUGUCAGUUCGCUGUCAUUAAACCAAGUGUGGAAAAUGUG